AUGCCGUAUGACAUGGAUGCUGGGGAAGAUUUCGAGGCUGAGAUUAACGCCGUCUCGGAUGAUUCUGAUUCUGAUGGAUCUGAUGGUGAAGUAUCUGGGAGCGACUUGGAUGCAGUAAGGAUGGUCCUGGCUGUCCCUGGGCCAGAUGCACAAAUGCAUGAUGUUCGAAAGGCCCUUGCGGUAGCCCAGCAAGCUUACCAUGCAACACGUUCUGAACUACGGGUCCUCAAGAAACAGUAUCUCACUCUUUCAUCUGCAAUUCCUGCUCGCAGCCGCAACCGCAUGCUCAAGAAGACGUCUCCACUGGAUUCCAGCAUCACCCACCAAGGACAGAAGUAUACCCUGUUUAGUCAUUUCUGGGUCAUAAACGGUCUGUUUCCGACUUCUCCUCAACCUGCUAAUGUCGACCCACGCGCGCUACACAUCAUACCUAAAGACUUGCAACCUCCAUGGGAAACCUAUCCACUGUUUCGAUCAUUGUUUCGUUCGGCAGUCAGCUCCGAGAGGUCAAACAUUCUGCACAGUAUCAAGGAUUGUGCAGGUGUUAUAUUCUCUCCUUUCAAGCUCGACCCCAGCAUCUUUGCCGACCAGCCUUCCAAAAAGCAGGACAACAAGGAUCUCCUUGUCCUGCUCAAGAGGAAUGGAGAGGGCGAUUACAUCCGCCUUGCACCUGUGCUAUUUGCGAAGCCCAAUGCUAUGUCAGCCGAUGAUUUCCUCAAGUCUCCAGUGCUCGUCAAAAUUAUUCGCGUUGAAGUGUAUGGAAAGGCGAUACUUGGUGGGAAGACAAGGGGCCAUCCAAAGGGCAGGGGUCUGCGAAUGGGUGCGCAGAGUGUUACUGAGGGUAUGAUUGCUGGCGCUGCUAUAUUGGCACGUUUCUUGUUAACGCACGAUACCGAGCUCACUGCGACCGGAGCAGAGACGAAGAUCGAUUACCAGAAGGAUUACGACUUCUAUCUGGAACGCUUAUUCAAAAGCUCUCCAUGGGCAAUUGGCGUGAUGGAAUACUUCAAUAAGGAAGUUUUCAACACCCGUGCAGCGCUAUUGAGUGCACCCGCAUCCGUUGUACCCUCUGCCUCCAUCCCUCGCACCUGGGAAGAUGACCUAUUGGAGGAAUUGGAUAAUCCUGUUGCUCGUGCACCCUCGCCAACUCUUCCUGUUUUCCGCGCACCCUCGCCGGCUCUUUCCAAUCUCUCUGCUCUUUCUGCAGCCUGCAGAUCCUACCACCCAGGAUGA